GUCGAUGAUUCACUCUUAUCAUUGUGCAAUUGUGCACAGCUGAUUUGAUGAAAUAUAGCAAAUAAACGUAGGCUACUUCUGCGAUUGAAUAAAUGUUUUAAUAAAAACUUUAUAUUUUACGUCUUCUUUUAUUUAUAGUUUACAGGGAAGACAUAUUUUAUACAACUCAUUAAAAAUCAGGCUGAUGAUGUUUAUUUAAACGCUGUCUACGUUAAUCAUGGUCAUGCAGACAUGGUUUUCACGUUACACUUGUAAUUCUGUUUACGUAUGUACUUUUUUUAUCUGCGAUAUCUUGCGGGAAAUAUAUCUGGAAAAAUAUUUUACAAAUUGAAUUAUUCCGCAUUCAAUUUUCGAUGAUAUUCAAGUUUUCGAUUUAUAAUGUAUUUGACAGAAUAAUGAAAAUUUUUAUAUAUCCACUUAAAAAAUUGUUAUUUCUGGAAUAAGUUGCCAAGAGACUUCCAGUGCAAUAUAAUGAAUAAUCUUGCUGGACAGUUUCGCAAGACGACAUGGGAUCCAAUUCUUAUAAUUUCCCAGAUAAUUGCUGUGCAGACUGUCAUGUAUUUCUGUCUCGGAUUCUGGAUUUGGAUUGUUGCUUCGAUAUUGAGUUCAACAAAAUCGCUGGAUUAUGUCUUUCAGUACAAGGAGAUACAUGUUCGUGACUUUGGAGGACAAUUAAUUAUUGUUACAUUUGUUCUAAAUGCAUUGGUGGGUGCAAUUGCGUUAUGGUGGUUAGUGCAAAGAACGAAAUUGUGCAUGGAUUUUGCAUGUACAGCCCAUUGUAUUCAUUUGAUCUGUUGCUGGGUGUACAAUGGAACUUAUCCAACAUCCUUCAGCUGGUGGUGUUUAAAUCUCGUAUCGUUAAGUAUAAUGUGUGUCUGUGGAGAAUUUCUUUGUAUGAGAACAGAAUUGCAAGCAAUACCCUUGAGUAUGAACAGUCAGAAGACAGCUUUAUGAAAUACAAACACAAAAAAAAAUUUGUGAGAUAAAAAAAUAAAGACUAAAUAAAAUCUUUUCAGUAAAUA